CGGUGACGGGCCGCGCUGGCCUGCGGCAGCCCCUGGGCCUGUCUCCCCGCCCUGCACCCCCAGGGGGUUGGGAGUCCCCGGGACUGGCGCCGGCCGCCUCGGCGCAGCCCUCGGCCGGUGGCCGCUGUCCAGGAGCCGGGUUAAUUAUUUUGAUUGUAAACAUUCCUGGGAACUUCUACAAAUGAAGAUCUUUUUCAGUUCUGCUCAAGGGAAAACUCUGGACCUACCUGUUAGCUCUUAUUAAGAUUAAGAGGUAUUUUUUUUUUUUAUACGUGUGGGUAUUAUAUACAUAGAUGUUUUCAUGAAGAGGAGUGAAAAGCCAGAGGGAUAUAGACAAAUGAGGCCUAAGACCUUUCCUGCCAGUAAUUACACUGGCAGCAGCAGGCAGAUGUUGCAAGAAAUUCGGGAAUCCCUGCGGAAUUUAUCCAAGCCGUCAGAUGCAGCCAAGGCCGAGUACAACAUGAGUAAAAUGUCAACUGAAGAUCCUCGACAAGUCAGAAACCCACAUAAAUUUGGGACGCAUCAUAAAGCCUUGCUAGAAAUCCGCAACUCUCUGCUACCGUUUGCAAACGAGACAAGUUCUUCCUCCCGGAGUUCUUCCGAAGUUAAUCCACAAAUGCUCCAAGACUUGCAAGCUGCUGGGUUUGAUGAGGAUAUGGUUAUACAAGCCCUUCAGAAAACUAAUAACAGAAGUAUAGAAGCUGCCAUUGAAUUCAUUAGUAAAAUGAGUUACCAAGAUUUGCGACGGGAACAGAUGGCUGCAGCAGCUGCCAGGCCUGUUAAUGCCAGCCUGAAGCCAGGGAGUGUGAACCGCAAACAAAGCUGGAAAGGUUCUAAGGAAUCCUUAGCUCCUCAGAGGCACGGAGGGCCCCUAGGAGAAAGUGUGGCCUACCAUCCGGAUAGCCCCAACUCGCAGACAGACGUAGGAAGGCCUUUGUCAGGAUCUGGUCUGACAGCGUUUGCUCAAGGCCACCCUAGCAAUGGGCAGAGAGUGAACCCCCCACCGCCUCCCCAAGUCAGGAGUGUCACUCCCCCGCCACCGCCAAGGGGCCAGACUCCUCCCCCAAGAGGAACCACGCCACCUCCUCCCUCCUGGGAACCGACUUCGCAAACAAAGCGCUAUUCUGGGAACAUGGACUACGCAAUCCCUCGGAUCUCUCCUGUUCCACCUGGAGCCUGGCAGGAGGGCUAUCCGCCACCCCCUCUUAACACAUCCCCUGCUGGCCAAGGACAAAGAGGCAUUAGUUCUGUUCCUGUUGGCAGACAGCCAAUCAUCAUGCAGAGUUCUAACAAAUACAACUUUCCUUCAGGGAGACCUGGAAUUCAGAACGGUAGUGGGCAGACUGACUUUCUGAUACACCAGAAUGUUCCUUCUGGCACCGUGAGUCGGCAGCCACCCCCUCCGUACCCUCUGUCCACAACUAACGGGCAAAGUGCUUCUGCUUUACAGACGGGUGGAUCUGCUGCCCCUUCGUCAUACACCAACGGAAACAUUCCUCAGUCUCUGAUGGCGCCAAACAGGAACAGUCACAACUUGGAGCUGUAUAACAUCACUGUACCCGGACUGCAGACAGCCUGGCCUCAGUCGUCUUCUGCGCCAGCCCAGUCGUCCCCAAGCAGUGGGCACGAUAUGCCUACCUGGCAGCCCAACAUACCAGUCAGGUCAAAUUCUUUUAAUAACCCACUGGGGAGCAGAACAAGUCACUCUGCUAAUUCUCAGUCUUCAGCUACCACAGUCACUGCUAUUACGCCGGCUCCUAUCCAGCAGCCGGUGAAAAGUAUACGUGUAUUAAAGCCAGAGCUACAGACUGCUUUAGCCCCUACGCACCCUUCUUGGUUACCGCAGCCAAUUCAAACUGUUCAACCUAGUCCUUUUUCUGAGGGCCCCCCUGCAAAUAUGACCGUUAUGCCACCCGUGGCUGAAGCGCCCAACUACCAAGGUCCGCCUCCGCCCUACCCAAAACACCUGCUACAUCAAAACCCCCCUUUCCCUCCGUAUGAGUCAGUCCCUAAACCAGGCAAAGAGGAUCAGCCAAGCUUGCCCAAGGAAGAUGAGGGGGACAAAAGUUAUGAAAAUGCUGAUGCUGGGGAUAAAGAAAAGAAACAGAUCACAACUUCACCCAUCACCGUCCGGAAAAACAAGAAAGAUGAAGAGCGAAGAGAGUCUAGAAUUCAGAGUUAUUCUCCUCAGGCAUUUAAAUUCUUUAUGGAGCAGCAUGUAGAAAACGUCCUGAAGUCUCAUCAGCAGCGUCUACAUCGAAAAAAACAAUUAGAGAAUGAAAUGAUGCGGGUUGGAUUAUCUCAGGACGCCCAGGAUCAAAUGAGAAAGAUGCUUUGCCAAAAAGAGUCUAAUUACAUCCGCCUUAAGAGGGCUAAAAUGGACAAGUCUAUGUUUGUGAAGAUAAAGACACUAGGAAUAGGAGCUUUUGGUGAAGUUUGUCUAGCAAGAAAAGUAGAUACUAAAGCUUUGUAUGCAACAAAAACUCUUCGAAAGAAAGAUGUUUUGCUUCGAAACCAAGUUGCUCAUGUGAAAGCUGAGAGAGAUAUCCUGGCAGAAGCUGAUAACGAAUGGGUAGUCCGUCUCUAUUAUUCAUUCCAAGAUAAGGACAACUUAUACUUUGUCAUGGACUAUAUUCCGGGGGGUGAUAUGAUGAGCCUGUUAAUUAGAAUGGGGAUCUUUUCGGAAAAGCUAGCACGGUUCUACAUAGCAGAACUUACUUGUGCAGUGGAAAGUGUCCAUAAAAUGGGUUUUAUUCAUAGAGAUAUUAAGCCUGAUAACAUUUUGAUUGAUCGUGAUGGUCACAUUAAAUUGACUGACUUUGGCCUCUGCACUGGCUUCAGAUGGACACAUGACUCUAAAUACUAUCAGAGUGGUGACCAUCCACGACAAGACAGCAUGGAUUUCAGUAAUGAAUGGGGUGACCCCUCUAACUGUCGAUGCGGAGACAGACUGAAGCCACUGGAGCGGAGAGCUGCACGCCAGCACCAGCGAUGUCUAGCACACUCCUUGGUUGGGACUCCUAAUUACAUUGCACCAGAAGUCUUGUUACGGACAGGCUAUACACAGUUAUGUGACUGGUGGAGUGUUGGUGUAAUUCUUUUUGAAAUGCUGGUGGGACAACCCCCUUUCUUGGCACAAACUCCACUAGAAACACAACUGAAGGUUAUCAACUGGCAAACAUCUCUUCACAUUCCGCCACAAGCGAAGCUGAGUCCUGAAGCAUCUGAUCUUAUUAUUAAACUUUGCCGAGGACCAGAAGAUCGCUUGGGCAAGAAUGGUGCUGAUGAAAUAAAAGCUCAUCCAUUUUUUAAAACAAUUGAUUUCUCCAGUGACCUGAGACAGCAGUCUGCUUCAUACAUUCCUAAAAUCACACAUCCAACAGAUACAUCGAAUUUUGAUCCUGUGGAUCCCGAUAAGUUAUGGAGUGAUGAUAAUGAAGAAGAAAAUGUCAGUGACACUCUCAACGGAUGGUAUAAAAAUGGGAAGCACCCUGAACAUGCUUUCUAUGAAUUUACCUUUCGGAGAUUUUUUGAUGACAAUGGUUAUCCAUAUAAUUAUCCAAAGCCCAUUGAAUUUGAAUAUAUUAAAUCACAAGGCUUAGAGCAACAGUCAGAUGAAGAUGAUCAGCACACAGGCUCAGAGAUAAAAAAUCGUGAUCUAGUUUAUGUUUAGCAUAUAGUUGUGAUGUGGAUUUGUAAAAAAAAAAAAAAAGAAGAAGAAGAAAAACCCAGGGUUUUUUUUAAGGCUCUGCGAAUAAAAUUAUACAAACAUGACAGAGCCAUGUGUGCUCUGUGUACACUAUUUUAUGUUCCUCAAUCAUGCAAACAUGACAGAGCCAUGUGUGCUCUGUGUACACUAUUUCAUGUUCCUAAAUCAUGCAAACAUGACAGAGCCAUGUGUACUCUGUGUACACUAUUUAUGUUCCUAAAUCAUGCAAACAUGACAGAGCCAUGUGUGCUCUGUGUACACUAUUUAUGUUCUUAAAUCAUGCAAACAUGACAGAGCCAUGUGUGCUCUGUGUACACUAUUUCAUGUUCCUCAAUCAUGCAAACAUGACAGAGCCAUGUGUGCUCUGUGUACACUAUUUUAUGUUCCUCAGUCAUGCAAACAUGACAGAUCCAUGUGUGCUCUGUGUACACUAUUUCAUGUUCCUAAAUCAUGCAAACAUGACAGAGCCACGUGUGCUCUGUGUACACUAUUUAUGUUCCUCAAUUACGGGAGAUCCUUUUAAAAUGUUAAUUUAUUCCAGCUUUUUGAAAUCAGUAAUGUAGAAAAAAAUUGUUUAAAAAAAGUAAAUUAUGAACUGAAUAUUUAGUCAGUUCUUGGUACUUAAAGUACUUAAAAACAGUGCUUUGUUUAAAAGGAGAAGCCUGGUAUCUAUUUGUACAUAUGCUGAAAUAAUUUUUAAAAAGAAUUUCUUGAAAGACAGUUUUAGUUUUAUCUUGCUUUAACCAAAUAUGAAACAUAUCUUGUAUUUACAGAGCUCUUAUUUUCCCCUCCUAGAACCUUGUUUGUAAUAUGAAAAAGCUGUCGACAUUAAACCAUGGUGGCAUAACUUACACUUUGGAACUAUGAAAUACAGGGUUGAAACAUGUUCAUCAGGAGGAAAAAUAAUGCUUGUUUAUCCCCCCCCAACACCCAAUAUUCUAGCUUUUACUUCUAAAGAAUUAACUGACUUUGAAAAAAACUAAAGCACUCCCAAUUUUAUUUCUCUAUUGAUAUUUUUAAUGCUGCUUUCAUUUUAAAAGGGAAAAAAAAUCUGCCAUAGAUCAGAAUUUGAUAAUAGAACCUAAGAUGUUUGAUAUUUCUACUUGGAAAGAAAAUCACCAUUCAAAGCACAGAAAGUAUUUCUAGUUUUAUUUGAAACAUUGAUUAGAUAUUUGUGGGCACUCGGUCGAAAAGUAUUUUUUUCUGUGUAGGAACAGUUUUGAUGAUCUUAUCAGAAAUGUUACAGGUUUUCUUUUAGAAACCAGUGAUGUGGGGGCCAGGUGGUAGCACACUUGGUUAAGUGCACACACUACAGUGCACAAGGACCUGGGUUCAAGCCCCUGGUCCCCACCUGCAAGGGGAAAUCUUCACGAGUGGUGAAGCAGGGCUGCAGGUGUCUCUCCGUUACUCUCCCUCUCUAUCUCCCCUCUCUUCUCAGUUUCUCUCUGUUUCUACCCAAUAAUAAAAAAAUAAUCAAUUAAUUAAAAAAAGAAAUCAGUGAUGUGAGCAUGAAUUACUAAAAUGAAAAAUGUGACUGCUGUCAAUAUUUUACCUAAGAGCAUAUUAAUUGGUAAAAAUCUUAUUCUUUAACUCUUAUUUAAGGUGGCUGUAAAUGAAGUUACAUAGUGGUUGUAGAAAACUCAAAUCCAGGGGAAGUCUGGCAGUAGCACAGCAGGUUAGGCGUAAGGAUCCCGGUUGAGCCCCCGGCUCCUCAUCUGCAAGGGGAAUCGUUUCACAAGCGGUGAAGCAGGUCUGCAGGUGUUUCUCCCCCCCCCCCCCCCCCCCCGUCUUUCCCUUUCUCCAUUUCUCUCUGUCCCAUCUAAUGACGACGACAACAGUAAUAACUACAAUAAAACAGCAAGGGCAACAAAAGGAAAUAAAUAUUUAAAAAAUCACUAAAAAAUAAAAAAAAAAGCAAACUCAAAUCCUCCUAGCGUAUUUAAGGUUAAAUAAUACUUUGUUUUUCAGCAUUGCUGUUAAUACCUGUUAUAGAUCAUGCUUAAAUUUUAAGGAAUGCUUAUAUUUUCACACCAGAAUCUUUUUAGGAAGUGGAAGAGGCACUGACAAUAGUAAUGACUAGUGAUAAUCUUUUUUUCCUAAACCCCACUCGUAGGGAAUUGUUUUGUCACAAUUUAGUAUUUGUGAAUGGGUGACAUCAUUUUAUUGGUUUUAAAAUUUAGCCUUCUUUGAAAAAAGCUAAUGGAAACCAUAUGUUUUGACAUAAUUAAAGAUAAAGCUUUUCCAGUUGAAUUGGAGGGAGGGCAGACUUACUAACUCAUACUUGGCCACUUUUCUAAUUAGUUCUCUCAGAUCUCUGCUUGUAGUCACUGUGUAUCUCAGAGUAAUGGUGGACUUUUGGGGCUCAUUGGUUGUUUGAAGAAUCUGAUGAAACUCACAUUUUUUUGCUGUCCAGUUUUAAGAACUGGAAGUAUUCACAAAGUCUAGGUUAAGGAUCUCUGUUAUAUAAAAACAUUAUGUUGCACUGAGAACUCUGCUUUAAAUUUAUUACUAAGUACAUAGCACAUCUUGUAUAAGCACUGGUGGUUUGUGAUGGAAAAGGCCUGUGCCAUAUAGUAAGAUAACUAUGAAUGCCUCUCUCUUGCUGGUCAGGUCAGAUAGAGUUAUUCUAAGUUCUUUGCCACAAGCAUCUUUGCCAUCUAGUUAAUUGGCUAUAAAACAAUCUUGUCAUGUAGAAAGAUAAAAUGACUGGUUGGCAGUGUGGUUUCAGGUUUGGUCUGUACAGUGAUGGGUAGAUGUCGUGGUCCUAAGUAGUUGAUGAUAAAAACUGUGUGUAGUGACUUGAUAGGAAAUACAAUGGGUGGUCCAGGAGAUGGUGCAGGGGACAAAGUGUUGGAUUCUCAAGCAUGAAGUCCCAAGUUUAGGCCUAGUCAUCACAUGUGCAAGAGUGAUACUGUGGUUCUCUCUCUUCUCUUCCUCCUCUGUCUAUUGAAUAAAUAAAUAAGUCAUUUUAAAAACAAAAUAAACUUGAGGACGCAGGAUAAUGGUUAUUACACAAAAAAAAGACUCCAUGCCUGAGGCUCUGAGGCCCCAGAUUCAAUCCCCAACCCCACCAUCAGCCAGAGCUGAAUAGUGCUCUGGUUCUUUGUCUCUCCCUCUCAUUAGAAUGAAAUACAUAGACUGGGGUAGAUAGCAUAAUAGUUAUGCAAA